AUGGCGGAGGUCGUAAGCUCAAUCAGUUGUUCGAUCUGUGUAGAUCUCUUGAAAGAUCCAGUGACUAUUCCCUGUGGACACAGUUACUGUAUGGGCUGUAUUAAGGACUGUUUGGAUCAGGAAGAUGACAAGGGUAUCUACAGCUGCCCCCAGUGCAGACAGACAUUCAUACCAAGACCUGUUCUAAACAUGAACACCAUCCUGGCUAAAUUGGUGGAAAAUCUGAAGAAGACAAGACUCCAAGCUGCUCCUCCUGAUAAUUAUUAUGCUGGACCUGGAGAUGUGGAGUGUGAUUCCUGCACUGGGAGAAAACUCAAAGCUGUCAAGUCCUGUCUGGUGUGUCUGGCCUCUUACUGUGAGACUCACCUCCUGCCUCACUAUGAAUGUCCUGCCUUUAAAAAGCACAAGUUGGUCCAAGCCUCCAAACAACUACAGGAGAAGAUCUGUUCUCAUCAUGACAAACUGCUGGAGGUUUACUGUCGUACUGAUCAGCAGUGUAUCUGUUUUCUUUGUAUGUUGGAUGAACAUAAAGGACAUGAUACAGUCUCAGCUGCAUCGGAAAGGACUGAGAAACAAAGACAGAAACAUUUGGAAUCCCAGAAGAGAAUUGGGGAGAGAGAGAAGAAGAUUCAGGAGUUGAGACAGGCUGUGGACACUCUGAAGCACUCUGCACAGGCAGCAGUGGAGGACAGUGAGAGGAUCUUUACUGAGCUGAUCUGCUACAUUGAGAAAAGACGCUCUGAGUUGAAGGAGCUGAUCAGAGCUCAGGAGAAAACUGAAGUGAGUCGGGCUGAAAGACUCUUGGAACAACUGGAGCAGGAGGUUGCUGAGCUGAGGAGGAGAGAUGUUGAGUUGAAGCAGCUCUCACACACAGAGGAUCACAUCCAUUUCCUCCAGAGUUUCCAGUCUCUCUGUUUCUCUCCUGGAUCUGAGGUCUUACCCAGCAUCACUGUCUAUCCACACAUCUCCUUUGAGCAUGUCAAGAUAUCAGUCUCUAAACUGAAAGAUCAAAUACAGGAUGUAUGCAAAAAGGAAAUGGACAAGAUAUCUGGGGAAGUGACUACAGUUCAGAUUGGACCACCAGCUGAGCCCAAGACCAGACAGGAUUUCUUAACAUAUUCCUGCCAGCUGACAUUGGAUCCCAAUACAACAUAUCAGUACCUGUGUCUGUCUGAGGGGAACAGAAAGGUGAAAUGUAGGGAUGAGGUCAAGUCCUAUCCUGACCAUCCUGAAAGAUUUACCUCCUAUAAACAGGUGUUGUGUAGAGAGGGUCUGUCUGGAGUCUGUUACUGGGAGGUAGAGUGGAGUGGGGACAGGGUUGGUGUAGCUGUCUCAUAUAAAGGGAUCAGCAGGAAAGGAGAUGGUGAUAAGUGUUGGUUUGGUCAUAAUGAUCAGUCAUGGAGGUUAUUCUGCUCUAAAUCCAGAUGCUCUUUCUGGCACAAUAACCUCAAGACUGAUAUCCCUGUCCCCUGCUCCUCCAGAGUAGGAGUGUAUCUGGACCACAGGGCAGGAACUCUGUCCUUCUACAGUGUCUCUGACACAGUGACCCUCCUCCACAGAGUCCAGACCACAUUCAUUCAGCCACUCUAUCCUGGGUUCAAUGUUAAUGGAUCUGUGAAGAUACUGACGCCUAUUCAGUGAUACAUCUAUCAGUCUGCUUCUAUCAAUAUAUGAUUGAUUGACUGUGGCUAAAGAUUGAUUUAAGAUCACAGAACAUCAUGAUAUA